GCAUUCUGAAACACCGGCUUCGGUGUCGUCUGCGAAGUAAAAUGCGGUGAUUCCGAUCUCGUCCGGUGGGAUUCUUCUUGGCGGUCUGCCGGCGGCACUUGGGAGUCCGAGGAAGGUGUGCUUGUGGUGGUGAUGUGUGACGGUGGUGAUGUGAGGAGGAUCGCGUGGUGAAUGUGGCAAAAAUGGUGACGUGGCCAGGUGGGGGCGCGCUGAUAGAGCUCUUGCUGGUGCUACUCCUCCUAGCAUGUACGCUUGACAUUCAAGCAGAAAUCGUCAAGGGUUACCCGUGCUUCCGAAGACUCAACCAACUCUACUGUCCGACGCCAGGAAAUAAUUAUCCAAAGGAGCGCAUCGACAUGUUCAUAGACGAGAACAAGUCUCUGAUUCGACGAAUGUUCGGCCAAUACGCCUCGCCCGACGAAGACGGAAGUCUGCACAGAGACCACUUCGAGACGUACGACGGAAAGACGAUCCACACCAGGACAGAGAGGUCCAGGUCGUCCUUUAGCGGAGGCUCCUCCAACAAGGUGGACGCGUGCGAAUCGGCCGUGGAAAUCGUGACCCCAUAUUGGGCGUCCAACAGUGCUGGAAAGAUACGUGCCAUCGUCAACACUCAGCACCUGCAGCAAGCUAUUCAGCAAGAAGUCUGUCAGUCCGUGCAGACGAAAAAGUGUAACAACGACUGCAGCUGCGAGCAGAAAUACAAGUGGCACAGACUUCUCGCUUACGACCCGGACGACGACUGCAAGGGCAUCUUCAUGGACUGGUUUCUCUUUCCAUCCUGCUGCGUGUGUAGAUGCACCAGCAACAUCAAGUGAAGGCACACACACAAGCAAUCGACAACUACCGAUAGCCUGGCAGUCACGAUGUCUUCGAAGGUCCUAAGAGUUCGGCAAGAACAUAGAAGUCACGUGUCCGUGUGAUCUUCCUCUCUGUGGUGCACUAAACUUUAUACAGUGAGGCCUAAAUGGAGUUUCUGUGACUGUUGUAGUCUGGAGGCAGGCACGAAACGGACGCUUGCAGUUUGUCGACGCCGUGCACGAAGUAAUCUACGAGAUAAGGACGAACGUGACCGCGGCCUACCCGCAACUAUAGUGAGAAGAACUACUGGUAGUCCUAGCAGAGCCAGGGGUGAUGUUCGCGCACUGUGGUUCUACUCCGCAACAGUCUUCAAAAGUCGAAUGGGAGAGAUGCGCAGUGUAGUCCGAUAGUCCUGAAGUUGUGCCUGGAGCUGUCGUCGCGAAUAGAAUACGUGACUAUCCGAAACGUCUCCGAAGUGAAGAAAA